ACGGUGGCGGUCGCGAGUUGUCGUUGUACGCGCUAGAUAGACAGAGACGGAACGAGCGAGCUAGUGCGAACGGAGGGAGCGAUCGCGAGAAAGGUACGACAGUAGGCAAAGGGAGAGAGAGAGAGAAAAGGAUAGAGCAGCGGAUAAACGAGUACGGGCGUUCCUGUGAGCUCCUUCGCUCGAUCCGCGCGACACGAGAAGCCGCGAUUCCGCCGUUCGACCAUCGUGGUUCGUCCCCAGCAGUUUCUCCGGUUUGGGUGCGCGCGUGCGUGAUUUCGUCCGUGUGUUUUCGUCGGUGUGUGAGAGAAAGAGAGAGAAAGAACGAGAGAUAGAGGGUCGCGGAGGAGGUGGACGGUACGUCGUCAUCGGUUUUGUUUGUGUUCAACGUCGUGUGCCGCGUACAAGUACGUUCGGUGAAAACAUAGAGAAAGAAAGAGCAAGAGAGAGAGAGAGAGAGCAAGAGAGAGAGAGAGAUAGAGAAAGAAGGACGCGCCGUUAGUAGCGCGCGUGGUGUGCGUACUCCGGGAAGAAAGAGAUAGUGCUAAUAAAGAAAAAGCAAGAGAAGAAGAAAGUAUCAGCAUCAUCGCCGUAGGAGUAGGAGGAGGAGGCGGCGGUGGAGGAGGGAGAGGCGGCGGUACGAAGUGACGGAUUGUUUUCUUGCACAACGGUGGAGCAAAACGGCCUCAAGCUGUGGGGCUCUGGGGCGUUUUUUCUUCCGCCGCAGGGGAUGUACUACCCUCACAUGGUGCAGACGGGGAUGGCUGCGCCCUACGGUGGGGGUGUCUUCCCGCCGCCGGUGAACGGGGUCGCGGGCGUUGUGGGGGCGGCAGGAACGGCCGGUGACGUGAAGCCACCGCCGCCGGUGCAGGUGAAGGAGGAGAGCGCCGGUGCGCCCCAACAGCCACCACCUAGCGGGCCCCAAGUUCCACCUACGGCGGGCGCCCCGCACCCCUCCGCCUCCGGCGCGCCGACCGCGGCCAGUUUCAGUCCGCCGCCACCUCCGAAUGGAGUUGAUCAACAGGCCAUUUCGGAGGUGUUUCAGGCUGCGGUGGCGGCUGCGGCAGCGGCGCACGCGAAUGGCGGCGGCCAGCAACCGGCACCAGCGACGGGUGCCGGCAACGAGGCGAGCCCUGAAGGCGUCGUGGAGUCUACCACAUUGGUACCUGUCACCUCAGGUGCGACGACGCCAGCGACAGCGACACAGGGCACCGACCUCAAAGGUCAACCAAAACGCCUGCACGUCAGCAACAUACCUUUCCGCUUCCGAGACCCUGACCUCAGGGCGAUGUUUGGGCAAUUCGGGCCGAUCCUCGAUGUGGAAAUCAUAUUUAAUGAACGAGGCAGCAAGGGGUUCGGUUUUGUAACGUUCGCAAAUAGUGCAGACGCGGACCGGGCACGUGAGCGGCUACACGGCACCGUGGUUGAGGGACGCAAAAUUGAGGUGAACAACGCAACAGCCAGGGUACAGACGAAAAAACCGCCAACGGUGCCGAACGUAUGCGUACAGUGGCCAGAGGCCGCGGCGCUUCGCGGAGUCGCUAUACAACGAGGUAGAGUUGGAGCAGCAAGGGCGACUUUCCCGACGAGUGCCGCAUUAGCCCUGGCCACUGGCAGGAACCCGGGGCCACUCGCAGCUGCAGCUGCAGCCACGGCCUUGCAUCCCUUCGCACCCGUCUACUACGAUCCCUUCCUCGCAGCGCACGCAGCUACGCAGGACUCCAACUACAGGCUACAGCUGGAAUGGCCUCAAGCAACAGCUGACGCUAAAGCGCCCGCCCUGGAGGCCGCGGCAGCAGCAGCCGCAGCGUCACCAUUGCUGAAGACACCCCUGUCGACGGCACAGCAGGCCACCUACGCAGCUGCAGCGACCUACACGGCGGUGGCUGCGCGCGCAUACGGCGCAGCUGCAGCUGCGGCACAACCGGUCGCAGGAUAUGCCGCAGUAGCGGGUUAUGGUCGCGAAUACGCCGAUCCCUACCUCGGCCACGGCAUUGGACCUGUUACGGGUUACGGGGCGACGGUAUACCGAGGUGGAUACAGCAGGUUCACUCCAUACUAAAGCGAGUUGACACCGAAGCGCAGCGAGCCUUCCACAAUGUACACCACGUUAUACUCAGCAGACAACAUGACCAGAUAACAAGUCAAC